AUGUCCAACAGCAGCUCCAUCACCCAGUUCCUCCUCCUGCCGUUCACAGACACACGGGAGCUGCAGCUCUUGCACUUCUGGCUCUUCCUGGGCAUCUACCUGGCUGCCCUCCUGGGCAACGGCCUCAUCAUCACCACCAUAGCCUGGGACCAGCACCUCCACACCCCCAUGUACUUCUUCCUGCUCAACCUCGCCCUCCUCGACCUGGGCUCCAUCUCCACCAUUGUCCCCAAAUCCAUGACGAACUCCCUCUGGGAUACUAGGGCCAUCUCAUACUCAGGAUGUACGACACAGCUCUUUUCAUUUGCAUUCUUGAUAGUAGCAGAGUAUUGUCUUCUCACCGUCAUGUCGUACGACCGCUACGUUGCCAUCUGCAAACCCCUGCACUAUGGGACCCUCCUGGGCAGCAGAGCUUGUGUCCACAUGGCAGCAGCUGCCUGGGCCACUGGGUUUCUCAAUGCUCUGCUGCACACGGCCAAUACAUUUUCACUGCCCCUGUGCAAGGGCAAUGUCCUGGGCCAUUUCUUCUGUGAAAUCCCCCAAAUCCUCAAGCUCUCCUGCUCACACUCCUACCUCAGGGAACUUGGGCUUAUUGUGUUUAGUGGAUCUUUAGUUUUUAUGUGUUUCAUUUUUAUUGUGGUGUCCUAUGUGCAGAUCUGGAGGGCCGUGCUGAGGAUCCCCUCUGAGCAGGGACGGCACAAAGCCUUUUCCACCUGCCUCCCUCACCUGGCCGUGGUCUCCCUGUUUGUCAGCACUAUCAUGUUUGCCUACCUGAAGCCCCCGUCCGUCUCCUCUCCAUCCCUGGACCUGGUGGUGUCAGUUCUGUACUCAGUGGUUCCUCCAGCAGUGAACCCCCUCAUCUACAGCAUGAGGAACCAGGAGCUCAAGGAUGCCCUGAAGUUUUAG